UUUAUAUAGAACUUCAGAAUCUAACCUUAACAAUUGAAUGCAAUGAGCAAUUCGAUCUAAAUCAUCUUUUACAUUGUUAUCUCCUAUUGAAGUUAGUUUUUAACAUAAUUGAUUAUGUCUCUCCUUCGGAAAAGCCAGCAAUGGGGUUCUUUUGCACGUAUUUGGCAUAUUUAUGAUGCUGCUUGGCAAGAUCCAUUUCAAAGUGCCCCACAAAUUAAAAAGUAUCUUAUGGGACUAUAUAAACCUAUAUAUCACCCCAUGAAUGAUUGUGGUGAUCAUGUAAUAGUAAUAAACAGCAAAGAUAUUGCCUUGCGUGGAGAUGAAUGGCAAAAACGCGUAUAUUUUCAUCAUACUGGAUAUCAUGGAGGUGCAACCUGGACACUUGCAUGGGAAUUGCACAAUAGAGAUCCAACAAUGAUUAUGAGGAAAGCAGUUUAUAGCUCAAUGGAUGGAAAUUUGCAACGAAGAUAUACUAUGCAAAGAUUACACAUUUUUCCAAAUGCAAAUAUACCUAAAGAUAUGCUGGAAAAUGCCACAAACCAAAUCAAACAGAUGAGACCUGCACCAGUCAAAUUAGAUCAUAUUCCACUAGAGGAAAGAGAAAAUUUCCCACGUCUUAUAAAGUAUCCUAUUGAUUAUCAGCUCAAAUAA